AUGUCUGGACAAGGAGUCUCUCAUCAGGGCAUCACCGCCCCCGGUCUCAGCGAGGCGGACCAGAACAUCAACAACACCACCGAGGACAUUAGCAACAAGGCGUCGGGACACAAGGCCAAUUUGAGCAACCCCAACACUAGCGAAGAGUCCAAGAAGAAGUCUGCUGAGGCGCUCAAGGCCCUCGGUGGUGAGGAUGCUUUUUACGGAAAGCAGGGCAAGGGCGAGUAA